CUCUUUUGCUGGCUGGCUCCGCUUCGGGGCUGGAGGCAUGCGGAACCUCCCCCCACCCCAUUCCCCCCCAGCCCUCCAGCGCACCGGGCGGGGAUGCUGAAGCCGCUGGGCGGCCGAGGGACCCCUCUUGGCCCUCCCCUCCGGCUCCCCAGGGGCCCCCCUGAGGAGGGUGGGGGUCUCCUCUGAAUGAAGCAGCCCCCCCACCCCACCCCGACCCCAGAAAGCGGGGAAGCGCCCUGGAGACCCACUAGGGCAAAGGCGAAGAGGGCAGGGCGGAGGAGUGGGAGAUCGCCUCUGACGACCCCUCCCCUCCUUCCCCAGGACCGACCCCCGGCUCGGCACUACCUCCCCCCCUCCCCACGCCCCCCACCCACCCACUCACCUACCCCACCAUGGCGAAAGAGAGGAACAAAACGGCGCUGCUGGAAUUGCUGCAAAGCGAAGGGAACGGCGGGUGCGCCGAUUGCCAGGCCAGCGAUCCGGACUGGGCCUCUCACACGUUGGGGGUCUUCAUUUGCUUAAAUUGUUCGGGGAUCCAUCGCAACAUCCCCCAGAUCAGCAAGGUGAAAUCCGUCCGUAUGGAUGAAUGGGACUCGGCGCAAAUCGAGUUUAUGGCUUCCACGGGGAACACAUUCGCCAAAGUUAAAUACGAAUCAAAAAUCCCACCAUUUUAUUAUAAGCCAACUUUUUUGGAUUGCCUACUGUUACGAGAACAAUGGAUCAGGGCAAAAUACGAAAGGGAAGAAUUCAUCUUCACCGAGAAGCAGGAGCCUUAUUCUGCAGGCUACCGGGAAGGAUAUCUGUGGAAGAGGGGACGUGACAACGGGCAGUUUUUGAGCAGGAAAUUUGUCCUGUCGGAACGGGAAGGAGCCCUGAAAUACUACAACAGAAAUGAUGCCAAAGAACCCAAAGCGGUUAUGAAAAUUGAGCAUCUCAAUGCCACCUUCCAGCCUGAGAAAAUUGGAAACCCUCACGGACUGCAGAUCACCUACUUGAAGGACAACAGCACAAGGAAUAUCUUUGUUUACCAUGAAGAUGGCAAGGAAAUGGUGGACUGGUUCAAUGCCAUCCGUGCCGCGCGAUUCCAUUACUUGCAAGUGGCGUUCCCUGGAGCCAGCGAUACUGACCUGGUGCCAAAACUUUCAAGGAAUUAUCUGAAGGAAGGAUUCAUGGAGAAAACUGGGCCAAAGCAAACAGAAGGGUUCAAAAAACGCUGGUUUACCAUGGAUGAUAGAAGAUUAAUGUAUUUUAAGGAUCCUUUGGUAAGUCGUCGACUCCUCCUCCUCCUCCUUCAUCCUCACAACUCUUCAAAUACACCAGCAGUCUUCAAAUAUGUCUCCAACAAGAUGCUUUCGCCAGGGGAGAGGUUUUUAUUGGGAGUAAAGAAAACAGUUACAAGGUCCUGGAAGGGCUCCCGCCGUCCACCCAGGGAAACCACUGGCAGUACGGAAUUACCAUCAUCACCCCUGACCGGAAGUUUCUCUUUGCCUGUGAGACCAAAAGCGAUCAGCUGGAGUGGAUUUCCGCUUUUCAGAAACUGAUCAACAGGCCAAUGCUCCCGCAGGAAUACGCAGUGGAAGCCCAUUUCAAGCAUAAACCCUAAGCGACGAUGUCGAAGCAAGAUUGGUUUUGGACCCGCAAGGACAUUGGUUUUCUUGUUAUGUUUUUGUUUGCGAGGCUAGCAAUGACCAAAAAGAAAAGAAAAAAGAAAGAAAAGAAAAUGUAAUUUAUAUUAAUUAGUGAAUCAUUUUAGACUGCAAGAUGGGAGGUGCAAUGAAAAUGCUUGAGCUGCGGAUCAUGGUGCUGUCCGUCCAAAGGAGACUGAAACCACAGGCAACAGCACUUUCCUGAGAAUGUCGUUCUUGAGCACUUAAUGGGUGAAUAACCUGGGCGCACUAGUUAAAAGAAUUGUGUCUUGACGUUUUGGAAAAAUCCUGGCGCAACGUCCUUCUUUUCCUUUCUUCUGUUCGGCUCUUGGCUGAGCUAUUACGGCGAUGUCCUUGUGUGGAAUGUGUUCCAAGAAGAUUCAUGUUCAGAGAUUGUAGCAGAACCUAGAAAACAUCUAUGGGAGGUAUCGUUCGUGAUGCUCAAACUCUGGUCUGGGAGUAGGCAGGAGGAGGAGGAACCGGGAGGAGGGAAGAUACAAAGAGGUACAUGAUGAAAUUUGGACAAUGGACCUCCGUCAUCUUGCUGUCAAAUAUGUGGUGGCAUCAUCUAAUGCAUCCGUUCCGCGGGCCCAGCCUUAAAAGAGUAACAGAGUUGGAAGGGACUUUGGAGGUCACCUAGUCCAACCCUUGCUCAAGCAGGAGACCUUAUACUAUUUCAGGUAAAAUGGUGGUCCAAUCUCUUCUUAGAAACUUCCAGUGACCCACAACUUCUGAAGGGCAAAUGCUUCCACUGGUUCAUUGUUCAACUUGUUCUCCAGAAACGUUGCUAAACUACAAAAUCAGGGAGCAAUGACUCUCCUCAACACCUCUUGGAGAUGUUCGAUGCGGAGAGGUUGGGUGUAGCCAUUUUUUCUUGUGAUGCUUGAAGGACGGACCCUUAUCAUGACCUUUGAGCAAGGAGGGACAAGUUAAGGAAUUCAAAAAUACCAGCCUCUCAAUUUUGGAAUGAGACAGGUCUGCGUGACUCAAUAAGGAACUGAAAAAAGCUUGAUUUCCCCAUCUCUGAACUCUGCAGGAGCAUCUAUGCUACUGUCCCAAAAAAGUCAAGAUGGUAGCUGUGAUGGAACAUCGCGAGCAUUAUCUUCACUCAGAAGAAUUCAGAUUAUUCUUCUUAGAAGAAUUCAGGAUAUUGUCACCCAACCACUAUGACCAAAGCUGAAGUGGGUGAUGAACUGGGACAAACUUUCACAAAUGUCCCUUGACAAUAGCCCAUCCACGAGUGAACUUCUGCAAAGCAGCGAUAAAAUGCACAAAAAGUACUAAGCUAUGGUUUGCUUCACCUCAGUUUAAUGACUGAGCCACCUAUGAGUUUGCAUCGUACGCGAAGCCUAGCACAACCCAACCUAAUUCACGGCAAAGCUGGGUGGCUUUCACCGGUGAAAACUACUUUCGAUGUCAGAAGUGACUUUUCCAAGAAGACACCAUGCUAACAACAAGCCUUUAAUCCAAGGGUGGGCAAUGAAUUUUCCCAAGAGGCCACAAGAGAAAUUAGGCCUGUUGUGGAGAGCCAGACCAAUCGGACUGUGAAGGCGUGUAGAUAAUAAAAAAAAAAAAAGGGGGUUUGUCUUUAAAAUUAAAGCAAUGCAGCUAUUUUGUGUGUCUGCUGUACACUUACUUACAAACAUUUGAUUUCCAAUUUCGGAUUGACCUCCCGUGGGGCGGAUAGCGACCACUGAAAGGCCAGACGUGGCCCAAGGGAGCCGUAAGAUACUCAGGCCUGCUCAACCUCGAGCAAAGCAUCCGUUAAAAACGUUCAUUCGUAAAACAGCUUAAAGGCUAAACCCGGCGCAAGUACCCACAAGUUAAGAAAGCAAACCAUGGUUUGAUUCGAAACUCCGUUAGCUUCAGCAGGCAAGAGAUUUCCUGUUACGUUUUUUUUGGGGGGGGGGCAAGCGGGAGCUAUUUAGGAGUUUGCUGCACGAGGACUAUCGUUGACUAAUACGGGAUUUUAAUUGUCCUUCUAUUUUCAUCAUGUUUAAGCCACCCGGCAACCGAUUCGCGCCUCUCUCUUCUCUAAAGCCAGAUUCCCACCGUUUGUAGCCGUUACUUUGUAUGAUUGUCUAUUUAUACUGACCGACACAGCGGGUUAAUUCACCCUUUCGCUGAAAUCUCCUUGUUUCUCGUCUUCUCUCUUCUGGAUGUAAGAUUAUAUUAAUUCUUGCUCCUCCACAGGCUCAGCUGUGACCUUCAUAACUUUUUGACAAGUCAGGUACAAAAGAAUUCUUCUUAAGAGUCCCGGACUAGUUUUUCUUGCAUCAGAAGACACAGUCUGGAUUCAAACCGGUUUCUUCCAAUAUUUCUGUAAGAUCAGGUCUCUCUGUCUCGUGCGUUACGUUUGUUAAGUUUUGAUGGUUAAGACAGUUGUGGUACUAACUAUCAUCCACACCAAUAAAUUAUUAUCCUGUU